GAUACGCUGAUUCGUUUCGUCGUACGUGAGAUCGCGCGAUAGCGGCGUUUAUCAUCGAGGAGUGUCGAGGACUAUUUUUUUCCUGACGAUUAUCAAACGACGCAGGAGCGAAAGCAGUCAAAGCACUCGUGCGAAGACGGGGGUGGACGGGGGGAGGAACGCGAGAAAGCGCGCUCAUCGUCCCAUGUCGAUUGAUUGACGUGGGAGGCGAGCCUCGUAGGCUGAUAUGCCGCGAUUAAUGUGACCGACGAAUCGAAGAUGGAAUAUUUCGUCAGGGCGCGACAACCCCUGUGACCACUCGUGACACGUAUGUACAACGCGACAACCAGCGACAACGUCGUCCAAAUUCUAGUCUGACAUGAGAUUCAAUGAUAAGGAGCUCGCGGAAGCGAGCUUUGGACCCGCGGACCUGGAGGGACGUCUAAACCACAAACGAGCCCAUAAGUCAGUAUUCAAAGAGAAAUGGUUCAAGUUGCGGUACAAUCUACUAUUUUACUUCAAUAUCAAUGACUUGGGACAUAUCGAUAGGAGGCAACCUGCUGGAGUCAUCAUUUUAGAAAAUUACAACAUUAAUAUAGAUAAUUCGUCAGAGGGAGCAUUUGCGUUCAGCAUCUCGUUUCGUGAUGAGCCAGAGAAGCGGCAUAUAUUGAGUGGUCGAUCAGAGUCUCAAGUGGAGCAGUGGGUAAAUGCACUUAAACGAGCAAGCUACGAAUACUGGAGAUCUCGCCUGAUCACACUUCAAGAAAGAUUGUGUAAAAAGACAGGGAAGGACCCGCUACUUAUGUAUCCCAGAAAUCAGGGUGUAGUGCGAGAUGAAGCUUGGGAACCUGCUACCAGCUUCAGAUCUCAUGUACGUUCGUUUACAACGUCGGUCGCGCCUACAUUGAAUACAAUAACGAGGGAAGUUAAUCUGAUAGAUCUUUAAUACAGAGGAAUAAUUUUAGACAAAUUAAAAUUUAAUUUUUUUAAAUGUAAUUAUAAAAAAUGACAUCAC